CUCGUCUCCAAUGCAGAAGAUCAUAGUUGUUUCAACAGCACGAUCAUAAAAAGUGUGUUUGGGUCUCACAACUAUAGUUAUUCAUGUGAGAUAAUUCAUCAGUUAUUGAGUAAUUGUAAAAUAUGGCCAUGGCAACAAGCAGUAAAUCUUCAAAAAUGGACUUUGAAUCUAUACUUGAGAAACAAAAACAGGGUUACUAUAAAGAUUAUGAUUGGUUGACAAGCAGGUUAAGUGACCCUGAUAUAGAGACAUCAGAGCUUCAGACUUACAUUAGGAGCAUUAGAAAAUGUGUGACCCAUCUUGACAGAGAUUAUGAAAUAUUAGUAGGAAUUAUGUUGAAACUGAAUUGGGCAACUAGAGAAUCAUGCCUCAUAAAAGAAUAUCAAGCUUUUUUACUGAAUUUAGUAUCAGCUCACACAUACUACCUUAGAGCUGGAGUUAGGAUGCUUGUCAAACAUUUUAUGUCACAUCUUACACUAGUUACUAACACAGGAGAUGGUGGUGAUAAAAAAGUCAUGGUAACAGUUGAUGAUUCACUGAGACAGAAACAUGAUUUAAUGUUUGUAAAUGUUCAUCUGGUUCUUAAAGCCAUUACACAGAUAGUACCUAUGACUCCAAAAGUAUUGAUACCAUUACUGGGUGAGAUGUUUCCAUUCUUCAAUAAGGAUGUUUAUAUACAGGAAUGUUAUGUCAAAAAUCUCUUACAGAUUACACAUUAUUUACCAAAUAUGAGGCAAAAAAUUCUGGAAAUUGUCAUUGAAAGAUUACUUAAAUUUGAUGUCAGAUCUCCUAGAGAAGAAAUAGAAGAAUUACAGAGAGAGGAGGAUGAAGACAUGGAAGAUAUCAUAUUUGAAAUGGAUGACGUCUCAGUACAGAAAGAAAUAGUAUCAUCAGUAGACAUGCUGUCAAUAGUAGAAACAGUACCAAUGACUCACAAAGAGGGACAUAAACUAGACAUUCUAAUGGAGGUCACAUUCAGAUACAUACAGAAUUCGUGUUACUCUGAAGGAGAGUUGAAUUGGGAAGCUACCAAGUUAUUAUACAGAGAAUUGUUACUGAUUUUUGAGACAUCAAUUUUACCUACCCAUGCCUCCUGUCAUGUGCAGUUUAUUAUGUUUUAUAUUUGUAGUUUAAAGCAGCCUAUUUGUGAUGGAUUUUUAGAUUAUUUAUGGAAGAAAGUGCAGAAUCCUAUUGCCCAACCUGUAUAUAGACAAAUAUCUGUAUGUUAUAUAGGAAGUCUUCUUUCUAGAGGAAUAUUUGUUCCAAUAAGUACAGUAAAAACCUGUUUAGAAUUGAUGAGUACUUGGAUACACAAGUAUUUAGACCAGACAGGAGAUGAGUCCCUGUUUGCAGAUGUGACUCAUCAUGGGCCAUUUUAUGCUGUUGUUCAGGCCAUACUUUAUGUAUUUGUAUUUAGGAAUAAAGAUAUAUUUGAAUCUCGUAAAGGUUUGAAAUGGGCAGAAAAAUUAAACUUUCAGAGAAUAGUUACCUGUCGACUUAACCCAUUAAAGUUUUGCUUACCUGUGAUAGUACAGACCUUUGCUUCAGUUGCAAGGAGUCACCAGCUAGCUUUCUGUGAUACUAUAAUAGAAAGAAAUAACAGACAAGUACUACCUGUUGCCUGUACCAAUGGGAACUUAGAUUUUGCAGGAAAAAUCUUGGAUUCUUUCUUCCCUUUUGAUCCUUAUAUAUUAAGCAGGUCAAGGAAAUAUAUAUUACCAUUAUACAGAGAGUAUCAAGGUUCUAUAGAGGAAGGAGAUGAAGAAGAAGAAAAUGAAGAAGAUGAUUUCAUUACUGAAGAUAUUAUAUCACCUUCAAAUGGAAAGUUUACAAUAGGAAGUUUGAGUAAAACACCAUCAGAUUUUAUGGAAUAUGGAGUUUCACCAGGUUUUAAACAUGUUCAAGACAUGACUUGAUAUGAGAUUGUGAUGUGAGACUCAUCUCUCUCGUAAAUAAUGCAUAUCUGGUUAUAAUGUCAAAAUUAGUAUUGACCUUCUGCAGAUAGAAAUAUAGAUUGGUCUGUGAUUAAGAUCUACAAAGAACUGUAUCACUGUUUUGUGUGAAAUAUAUACAUAGCAUUUAGUUGUGCAUUUGCUGAGAACUUCAAUGAGAGCUGAUUUUUCUGAAAUACCCAGCAAAACUGAAUUUGACCAUUUUUAAGAUAAUCUUUGUGAUUUAUUUGUUGAAUUAGAUUUAAAUAUUGUUAAUAUAUUGGGAUAUUUAUUUA